AUGUACGGUUCCAGCAUCCAUGAGAGUGACCAGACUAGCUGGAACGUCAAGCUACAAAGGCUAGAGGCAUGGUUAAACGGUGGCCAGGGCUUUUAUAUCAGUGACAAUGUUGUUCUACAAGACAUUCAAGAAUCAGGAAGAGGACUAUAUCUGAAAGAUGGAAAAAUUUCCAAAAAUGAUGUUGUAGUGACAAUACCAAGUGAAUACCAGCUCAAUUUCCACACUGUGGUCUACCAUAUCUCUCAAUUCAAUCGAAAUCUGGUUUUUGAAGGCAUCACCUGUGAACCACAUCUAGACAGCAAGAAGAAUGGCGCAACGGAUGAUCCUCGCUUCGAGAUGUACGAGUCUUUGAACAACGAGAAAGUGUUGCAAUUGAGCUCCUUCCAGCUGCUGUCUUUGUACAUCCUGCUCGAAUGGAAAAUCUUGCCGUCCUAUUUCUCGAUCGAGUCCUUCUGGAAACCCUUCUUUGACGUUUUCCCCACUCCCGAAGAGCUUAGUUCGAUACCAGCACUUUGGGAGCUCAGCAUUGCGUCUAAAAACAAGCCCUUGUUCGAUUGUCUCCCUUGGGCUUCUAAGUCUCAUGCUGAAAGGAUUGUUGCACUGGUGCGAAAUGAUUGGUCGGUGAUAGAACCUUUGGUCAAGCAAUGGUGCAACAAAAUUGAGAGAGACAGUGGCAUAUCGCUCACAUCGCGAGAUUUCUAUUCGGACUUCUUACACAUUUACUUCGUGAUCAAUUCGCGAUGCUUGUACAUGCACGUUCCUCUGAAAGACAGCAUCGCCGACAACUUCACACUAGUCCCUUACGUGGACUUCCUGAAUCACGAUGCAGACUCGGAGCUCUAUUGCACGCCAAAGGUGGAUAAGCUGAAGAGAGGCAAGUGCGGCCUCGGCACUUUCAGUAUAAUUGGUGGAUCACAUCAGUAUAAGCAAAGUGGGGAGCAGAUCCUUUUGAGUUAUGGGGCGCAUUCUAAUGACUUCUUGCUCAACGAGUAUGGUUUUGUCCUUCCCACCAACAAAUGGAACUACAUGGACGUAUCUCCCCACUGUGAAUCUAUGAUCAGUGGCAAGUCCCUCCAGGACUUUCUCAAAAAGCAUGAGUUUUGGGGUGAUUAUACCAUAUCAGAGGGCGAUAUAAGCUAUCGUCUCUUGGUUGCAUUCGCUUCAAAAGUAUGUCCAGAUCUCAGAAAAGUAGAGAAACUCAUGUUGGGAUACUUGACGGAAGCUUCUUUUGAUCCUGCUCUGACAGAAUUGAUACAAGAAUUUCUACAAACUUUGCAUGAAGAAGUUAAAACACAGAUUUCAGUUAUCCAGAGCUUGACCGAUACUGAUCCUGUAUGUCCAAAAAAUGUUCUUUCUAUCUAUCAUGGCUAUGAACUAAUCCUUCAGAACCAUAGGGCUGGGGAGUCGCAAGAGUCUUGA